GGGAGGGGGAGGUGAAGAAGGUGGAGUAGGAGGAAGAGGAGGACGAGGGGCUCACCGUGGGCCUGGCCUUCUCUUCCCAGGUGAUGCGGUGAAGCAGCAGUGCAGGUGGAUCAUGGCAGAGUUCUCCCAGAAGAGGGGGAAGCACCGAGAUGAAGACCCUCUAAGCAGUGCCGUGGACUUCCUCCUGGCCAAUGCCAGGCUGGUGCUAGGUGUGGGUGGUGCUGCUGUCCUGGGUAUCGCCACCCUGGCAGUGAAGCGGCUCAUUGACCGUGCUACCAGCCCGCCUGACAAGGAUGAUGUCAAAGCUGAGCAGAAGUCCAUUGAGGAAAGCUGGCAGGAGCUGAGUUUGCUCACGGCCUCAACUAGACCCCGGCCAAAGCAGAGACGAGAAGACCUCAGCCAGCUACAGCCUUCCUCAGCCCAGGCUCCUCGUGCCCCAGAAGCAGAACCACCCAGAGACCCUGUGGCCAUGACUGUGUCCAAACUCAGCCCCGGUCCCCCAACACCAUUAUGCCUUACACUGCAGGAGAGACUCCUCAUGUACUAUCAGAACCGUGUGGUUGUCUCUGAGUCUGACAUCACCUUGGCUAAACAGCUGGCUGGUGACAUUGCCUGCGAGUUGCAGAAUUUUUUGCGCAGUAAAUUCCCAGAGCUGCCUUUUGGGAAUCUGUCUCCAAGCAGCACCCUGUAUGACGGACUGGAGGCCGUGGCCGCUGACCGCACUUGCCUGCUAGUGCCACUGGUGCUAGAGCCCAACCUGUGGAGCUUCAUUCCCGGAGAAGACACCAUUGCCAAUGAUCCUUACUACUGGGUGAUUCGAAGGACUCAGUUGGAGUACUUUCCCCGAGGGAGUAGCCCCUGGGACCGGUUCAUAGUGGGUGGCUACCUCUCCUCCAGCGUUGUCCUCGAGGUGCUCCGGAAGGUCCUGGUAGGCUCUGUCAACUGGCCGGCCAUUGGCAGCAUGCUGGAUUGCCUCAUCCGCCCUGGAGUGGUCUCGGAGGAGCUCCUGCUGGAGGUUCAUCAUGACCAGUUUGAGCUAAGAAUCAUCAUCUUUCCCACCACAGAGAGUGAGGACAGGGCCCUGCUGGCCAAGCCUCAGGAAGGACUGUUGGAAAACCUUUGGCAGCAGGACUUCUACCAGGCUGAGGUGUCUAAGCUGCGGGAGCUGGAUGGUGCAGAUUCUGGUGCCCGACGCCUCUGUCUCCAGCUCCUGCAAGGCAUCUGCAGGCGCCACCCCUCCCUGAACAGGCUGAGCGUCAGCCACUUGGCCCAGGUCAUCCUCCACCUCAGUGAGGCGGAGACAGACUGGGCCGAGGAUUCCUUAGCAGAUCGGUUCCAGCAGGUGAUCAUGGAGCUGAUUGGCUACCUGGAGGAGGGAUCUCUCCCCUGCUAUUUUAAUCAGCACAUCAAUCUUUUUGGCAGUUUGCAUGAAGAGGAGAUAGAUGACAUGGGCUUUGCUCUGUAUAAUGCUGUGACAGCGCCGGAGCUCUUGUUAUCAUAGACAGGAUUAAUGAAAUGUGAUCUUGGAAAAUUUUUUAAAAUGUUUAGCUCCUUCAGCUCUGGAAGCCUUAAGGGGACAGGUAAAGAGUUUUUCUCUUACUUUCUAGCCAGUACAAGGUGGACAUUUUAGAGGAAUAAAAAGAGGGUACAUUUCUUAAGCACACUGAGUUGGCAGCUGUCUUGGGCAUGGAUUAGAACAAAUUUAGGGUCCUGUGCCUCUGAGCUCACUCGAAUGUUACCAGAGCUCAAGAGCCUUGCAAUGAGCAGUCAGCCAAAUCCAGUUGGUGGUGGCCAGGUCACCCCUUCUCUUCACUUGAUUCCUCUCCCUUGAGACAGCCCCUUUUUGGAAAGACAAAGCCCUAAGCCUUGGACCGAGACUGAACAGCCUCUCUGUCUUAGGUAGCAGGCAAGAGCCAUAGGACAGAAGAUUCCCUUCUCCCAUAUUGUAAACCGAGAUCCAUACUCUGGGUUGGCCGCAAAAUAUAUUUUGCCACCAGCACUGAAGUGAUCAUGUGAAAAUCCUGAAGAGUGAUGGGAGGGGAAGGAAAUUAGACCUUUUUUUAACCCAGAGAAAAUUAUUUAUUUGCAUCAGUGACCCAUUUAUUAUGAUAGUGAUUGAGGCUCCAAAUUUUCUGGGGACCAUAAGGACAAGAGUAUGGUUUGCCUGAGGGGCAAGGAGUGCAAAGUAUUCUAAGCCUCUCUGAAGAAAGUAAACAUUUAAUGCAAAGCAGGUUUUCUGUUGCUGAAAAGGCUGUGGCCAGCUUUUACCUGCAGGCCAUUCAGCCAAAAUGUGACAGCCAGAUUCUCUUGCAUGCUUUGGUCUGCAGAUCACAUCCUCCUUCAGAUAGAGCCUUCUCCAGUGGGAUUUGUAUACUGAGACGGCCCCCACCCAAGAGCUGAAGUCCUUGAUGCUGUGUGUCUUGCCUUUGAAAAAGAAAUGUUUUCUAGUCGCUGCUAUUAAAUUAAUUUGGGUACCAAGAGCAUUACACAGAAAUGAACAGUUUUCAGAGAGGCCUUGUUUUCAAAACCAGGUCGUUUGUGUGCCAAAAGUGUAUUAUUCAUGGUUGAUAUGUGACUCCUUUCAGUUGGUUAAGGUUGGUAUUUGGUUAUUAGAGGGGGAGGUUUUUUUUUUCUCUUGAGUACUGAAAUACUUGUCAUCUUAAUGUGUCUUUGGGCUCCCCCACUGCUGGAAGAAGUCCAUUUCUCAAAGAAUGUGAUGAGGAAUAAAGGAGAAAAAUAA